AUGGGUUUAUGUGCCCUGAUGGAAAACAGUUUUCAGAUUGCAUGGUCCAAACAGGACGAUGAGGGCUUCUAUGAGAACAUUUGCAAUUUCUCGCUUGCAAAGGCUCCUCCUGAUGGCCUUUUCGUUCUGAUUCGAUCGCUUUUAAGCGAUCGCAUUGCUUCCGAGGCUAAAGCGCUGAACGCCGAGACUCAGUUGAGUCAGGUGCAAAAUCAACUCCAGAAACUUGAUGCGCGGGCCUCGGAGAUGAAAGACUUCUGUGCGAAUCUCGAAACGAGACUCAUAUCGAAAUUCACGACGAUUCUGAAUGAAAAAUUGCAAAACAAUUGA